AUGCAGGUAUUUAACCUGAUGGAGGAGCCUGGGCAACUCAGGAACAGAAACACCGGGUCCUGGAUCAACCAGGAAGACGUCAACCAAGUGAAACGGUUUGAUGAGUUCACUACAAUUGAUUGGGUUCAAGAUGAGCUACGAGAUCAUCGAUUCCAGUUACUCAAGCAAAACAAUAACCGUAACAGCAGCAGCAAUACCACCAAAAUCUCAUGGAGGAAUUGGUUCCUAUCAGUGUCGUUGAGUUGGCUAGGACUAGCUGUGGUGGGUGUCAUUAUAGGUUCCAUUGCUGGGUGUCUCAACAUCAUUACUGCUUGGUUAGCUUCUAUAAGAACGGGAAGAUGUGUUGGGAACUUUUAUUUAACCAAAGCCUUUUGUUGUUGGGGUUCCAAUGAAGAGACGUGUUCCCAUUGGGAACCGUGGUUUCAAUUCCCACCAGCCAAUUACUUUAUGUUCAUCAGCAUCUCACUCCUCUUAUCCUUUACUGCAAGUUUAUUGGUCAAAGUGUACGCUCCAAAGGCAGCUGGCUCUGGUAUCAGUGAAAUCAAAUGCAUAGUGUCGGGUUUCGCUAUCAAGGGUUUCUUAGGUUGGCCAACCCUUAUCAUCAAAUCAUUAUGUCUUCCCUUAGCCAUAGGUUCAGGACUUAGUUUAGGUAAAGAAGGUCCCAGUGUUCAUUAUGCUGUUUGUGUUGGGAAUUGUAUAGCCAAACUAAUGGGGAAUUAUCGUAAUAGAGCUUCCAAGGGAAGGGAAUUCAUUACUGCUGCUGCUGCUGCUGGAGUUGCCGUGGCAUUUGGUUCACCAAUGGGUGGAGUGGUUUAUUCUUUAGAAGAAAUCUCUGCUGUGGUUCAUUUAUCAACCAUAUGGAAGUCUUAUUUCUGUGCUCUUGUCGCAGUUACCACUUUAGCUGCAUUAAACCCCUUUAGAACGGGACAAUUGGUUAUGUUUGAAGUGACUUUUGAUACCAAUUGGCAAUAUUUUGAAGUACCAUUAUUCAUUAUCUUGGGAAUCUUUGGUGGGAUUUAUGGUAUUCUAAUACCCAAAUAUAAUAUAGCUGUUGUUUCCUUCAGGAAGAAUUAUUUGACCAAUUUUGCUCUAAGAGAAGUGAUUUAUCUAACACUUUUAACUGCCAGUUUCUGUUAUUUCAACGAAUUCCUAAGGUUAGACAUGACUGAAUCAAUGCAAAUCUUAUUCAGAGAAUGUACAGUUAAUUUCCAUCAUCAUGGGUUAUGUGAUCCAAAUUCUAAUAAAGUAAGAUUCAUUGUGUCUUUAUUAUUUGCAACCUUAGCAAGAUGUGGAUUGACGAUCAUAACUUAUGGAUGCAAAGUACCUGCUGGGAUCUUUGUUCCCUCCAUGGCAGCUGGUGCAACUUUCGGUAGAGCAGUGGGGAUCUUAUUUGAAUUAUUUUAUCAGAAGUACCCUUCAUUGUUUGUUUCGUGUAAUAAAGAUGAAAAAUGUGUUAUCCCGGGUACUUAUGCCUUUUUAGGUGCUGCGGCUGCUUUAAGUGGGAUCACAGAUUUAACAGUAACAGUAGUGGUGAUCAUGUUUGAGUUAACUGGUGCUGUUAGAUACAUUAUUCCAACAAUGAUUGUAGUUGCUGUUACCAGAGCAAUAAUGGAUAGUUGGGGUGAUAAAGGGAUCGCCGAACAAAUGAUUAUUUUGAAUGGAAUGCCUUUAUUGGAUGCAAAGGAAGAUUUCCAUUUCGGGGAUUUAUAUGUUUCUGCGGCCAUGAGUACGGUGGUUUCGGUUAUACCUCAAGAUCAAUUCACUUUGGGCCAAUUGAAUUCCCUUUUAACUAAAACAAAUUAUACUGUUUUUCCAAUUAUAAAGUCAAUUGAUGAUCAAAGCAUUGUGGGUAUAAUUGAUAGAGAAGAUAUCAAAUACUUUUUAAAUCAUCAUCAUCAUAAUGAAACAUCUUCAACAAAAUGCAACUUCAUUUCUGGGAAUCCAAAUGGACUGGAGUUAAACUUAGCUCCAUAUGUGAAUCAUGCACCAAUAGUCGUCCUGGCUUUCACUACCAUGAGUUAUACAACAGAUUUAUUCGUUAAGAUUGGACCAAGUUAUAUCUUGGUGGAAGAAGAAGGCAAGUUAGUGGGGAUAUUAAGUAGAAAAGAUAUUCUACGGUUUGAAUAUUCAUUCCAUGAUCAUACCCCUAAUCAUCACAAAACCAAUGCUGCCUUGGAAGCUAAAAUAUGGCAUUUAAUGCAUUAUACUAAUCGUUCGUUUUGGAGGAAUAUGGGUAAAUUAUUCUUCAAUAAUGAAACAAGAUUCUGGACCGAUUAG